ACUGCGAUCAAAUUUCGAUCUUAGCAUUAAACUGAGUAGAUCCUUUACUGGGGUUCGGCUGGGCUUGGCGUGUGUGAGCUUCGAAGGCUCAGUAUCGUGUCGCUCGCCGCGGAGUGAGUACGUGUGUGUCAAGUUAAUGACAAGUCGCCCGCGAAAAGUUUUUCCACGAGCUUUUUCAACCGUGUCGAAUUUGUUUUGGAUGUGAAGUACUGAAAGGUUUUUUUAGUGACACACCAAUAUCGGAUAGUGUUUUAAGAAACUAAGUGAGCGACAUGAGAAGGCUGAAGCGCCCGAUGGUGUCGGCGUUUGAUCGGUGUUGAUGGUCGAGCCUGAUGCGAGCAUGGCGUGGAGACGGGGGCCCUGCAAAAGCUUCGCCAUCAGCGUCAUACAGAUCAUCACUAUUAUAUGUCAAGUGUUAACAGAGGAGCCUCGGUUUGCUGAGCCCAUCCCUAACGUGACCGUGGCUCUGGGCCGAGAUGCCAGCCUCCCGUGUGUCGUGGAACAUCUCGGGACCUAUAAGGUCGCCUGGAUCCACAUCGACCGCCAGAUGAUCCUGACCAUCCAUCGUCAUGUCAUCACUCGCCUGGCCCGGUUCAGCGUGUCGCAUGACAACGCCAUGACCUGGCUGCUCCACGUCAGCCAGGUCCAGCAAGAAGACAGAGGAUAUUACAUGUGCCAAGUGAACACCAACCCUAUGAUCAGCCAAGUCGGAUACCUUCAGGUUGUAGUUCCUCCAAAUAUCCUGGACGAAAAAAGUACGCAGUCAGCUGUUGCGGUGAGAGAAAACCAGAACAUCAGCUUGGUGUGCAAGGCUGAUGGAUUUCCUACGCCCAAGAUCAUGUGGCGACGGGAGGACGGACAACCGAUAUCUGUGGACAGAAGGAAGAAAGUGACAGUGUACGAAGGUGAAAUGCUGAAUCUUCAACGCAUAAGUCGCACGGAAAUGGGCGCGUACCUCUGCAUUGCUACCAACGCUGUGCCUCCGUCUGUCUCCAAGAGGAUUAUUGUGGACGUUGAGUUUUCACCCAUGAUCUGGGUACCGAAUCAACUAGUGGGUGCUCCGGCCGGCACCGACGUGACGGUGGAUUGCCACACGGAGGCCCACCCCCGCGCCAUCUCCUACUGGGUCUAUGAUAACGUAAUGGUACUUCCGACUAAGAAGUACGCGAUCAAUACUGAAGAAAAUUCGUACAGGGCCCACAUGAAGCUAACAGUGCGGAGUCUGCAGCUCGGCGACUUUGGCAACUACAGGUGCAUAUCGAAGAACUCAUUAGGAGAGACUGAAGGUUCUAUAAGGCUGUACGAAAUUCCUAUGCCAUCGUCUUCACCAAAAGCCACAGAAAUGAAGAGCAAUGCCAACAAAGAAAGUCCGCGGCGUGUAAACGCGAGCCGGUCGGUCCCCCGCGCGGACUCGAACACGGAGCGGCCGAGCGUGGUCCGCGCGCAGCUCGACCGCUCGCCGGAGCGCGACGCCGCCCAGCACGUGUACCGCCCGCCGCACACGCACCACGUCUCAGGAACGAAAGCAGUGCAUUGUUGGAGACCUUCAGUAUUAGCUUUUUUUGUCUUAUUUCAAAUGGAUUUUGUAGCCGAUUUUUUUUGAAAAAGUGUUUUUCAUAUUUUUUGUGUAUCAGUAAUUGUUAACACCAUUAUUGUUGUUUUCUAUUUGUUUUUACAUAUAACAUCUUUUAGCAUUUCGAUGUGAGAAAUAUAUGUCCUGAAAAAUAUUAAACAUAUUUAAAUCGUUUAGCUAAAUAGCACUUUCUACGUGCAACAAAAAAUUCAUUUCAAUUUAAUGUAAUUUUUAUGAAAACUUUAUUUUAAAAGUAAAGAAAUAAUUAUUAAAAUUUUCCGGAUAAAAAUAAUUAUAGCAAGAAAUUUACUGUAACUUUUUUUUUAUUAAGAUAAUAUUUAAAAUAUAUUCUUUGUUACAACAAUAUAUACAUUAUUAUUUGUAUACCUUAGGUUGGCUACAGAAAAAAAACUUACAGAAUUUCAUAGAUUCCGACAAAUAAUCAUUAAAUUCAGAGACUCCACUCUUAUCUGUGUGAAUACGAUCAAAACAAAAUGAUAUUAAACUAAAAAGAACCAUUUUAUAUAAUAAAACUAUCAAAAAAACAUAUCAUCCUAAAAAUAUAUGUCAUAUCCUAGGCGAAAAUAUAGAGUGAGAAGAAAAUAUAUUUGUAAGAAAUCAAGAAUGUCUUUUUCCAAAUACAAAUGUUAAUUAUUCUAAGACAAGACAAAACUAUGAAACAAGGAUAAUCUAUUACAAAUUUAUACUUUUUUAAUCUACAAACACGCUCUUAGAACUCUAUUAAUAAUUUUCUCUACUAACUUUACAUCGACUACGCCAUGGCUUAAGUUUUAAAUAUUAUAAGGUAUGUGAACCCAAAAUGUAUGCUUGGUAUCAUAUUUAUACUAGCUUCAAAACAACGAAUGAAUCGAUAAUGCAAUCGUGUACGUGACGUCACAUAUAUAUUAUAAACAAUUAGUUAAUUUGUAUUGUUAAUAGCACGAACAUGCUUUUAGUACUUGAUUGUCUACUAUAUAUAGUUCGGCAUAUUUUUUAACAAGUCUUUUGUAAUGUCGAGGCAAAUAUAUUUUUGUUUGUUGUUUCAUACUUGGCGAUCCAUUGUUAAUUGCAUUUAAAAGUUUUACUAUGCCAAGUACACUUAAAAAACGCAAAAUUUAACCUAAAUUACUACCGUAAACCUCAAGGCAAAAAUAUCUGAGCGUAUGUUUUCCAGAUAUUGGAGGUAGAUAAUUUUUCGAGGUUUUCGCGUUGUCGAAUUGCAUUAUUAUAUUGUUAUGUUGAAAAUUAGAAUUAACUAAUUGCACGCGAACAUCAACUGUUUAACACAUGCACCAAGCAAGAGUAACCUCUGUGUUCACGUCCUUCGAAAUAGUAAUGAGUAAUGGGAUUGAAAAAUGAUUUCUUGUAGUGUUUAGGUAUUGCAAGUUCUUUAUAAGAGCGCCUUAUGUUUUAAGUAAUUUCGUUUUGAAAUAGAACAACUAAUUGAAUAUUACAAACGGAUUCCAUUAAAUUUCAAUCAUUUGUAUAUCCCCCGUUAAUAAGUUGCAUAAGUAUAAUAUGUACGUUGUCAUGCGGACUUAUAUCGUCUGCGAUAGUUUUGCACAAAUUAUUCAUAAACCUCAUUACACCCGCUCGUCUCUAAUUUAAAUCCAGCUUCAUAUUCAUGUCUCUAUGUGCAUUUACCUUUCUACUUACUACUACUAUACGUUUCAAGCUCGGCUUUGCCUGUUGAGCUAAUUCCAUGUCGUGUGCCAAAUUUAAUGUUAAUUUUAAGAGAGUUGAUUUUUAUAUUAUUGUUACGUUCUAAGAUGCAGUGGCGUUAGUAUUUUGGUCCUAAAUCAAACAAACAAAAUUAUAAAACAAGCUUGCUCCUCACGCUUGCUAAGAUUUGUAAAUAUUAAAAGAAUAAUUAUUAAUUAUUGCACAUUGAAAAUAUUAUAAUAUUUAACAUCUAACUACAAUGAUUAAUUACGUGUUAAAUAGAUGUAUUAAUGUUGAUAAAUAAUGUAUCUUUUAUUUGAUAAGAGAUGUGUCUAUCAUUAUUAUAUUAGUUUAAUUAUACCUUGAAUGUACAGAAUCGUGUGAUUUUAAUGAUGUACAUACAUACCGAUACAAUAAUAAAUUAGUAUAAAAUAAAACACAAA